AUGCCAUCGAAGCCACCUGCAGGAUUCGACAAGCCAAAACUUGUUAACACAAGUGUGCAAUCGGACGAAAAGUUACACCGAAAUGCAUCAACCAUGUAUGAUCCAAUCACUAAACGAAAUUUCGGCACAGAUGUACCUCGUUUACCACAUUCAACAUCCACACAAACAACGUUUCCAAAAAAUUCUUAUAAUCCCGUACAAGAUAAAAAGUUGCCACCUAAUCGUUCCAUCUGGAUACCGUGUGAUGAUCAUCCCGAUAAAGGUGUCUGUGGAUUUCAAAGGAGAAGACGAAGAUCAUCGGAAGAGUAUUAUGGACCGGUAAUACUCGAAGUAGCGAACGAUCGUAAACGAUAUCAGCGCAAUCGUCAAGAUGAACGUGAUUUGUAUACAUCUCCAGUAAGAAAAAUAAUUCCUCAAUAUAGACUGUCUGUGUCACCUCCUCCUCCGGAAGUACGCCACACCAGUGUGCCGAAAAGAAUGGUAUCGGCCGAAACUGAUACAAGCAUGGACAUAAUUAAACAUGAUCGUGGCAUACAAAAUGAGACAAAACCGAGGAAAAACGCAUCAACAAUGUCUGAUACUGAAUCGUUGAUUACCACGGCAGCAUCACGACAACAAAAACAUAGACACCCAAUAUCUAAACGAAGUAUUGGCGUUAAUUUUCCACCAGUUGAUCAACGAUGUUUGUCACCAGUUGUUUUAAGAUAUCGUGAACCAUUACCUACUGAUCGUAUUGAAAGACAAAAACCACACGUUCAGGAUCAAACAACUAUGGCUGACUUAAAUAUCAUGUACGAUCAUUUCACCCAAUGUGAUAAUAUCUUUUUUUGUGAUCGUAUCACACAAACAUCAGAUAAUGGUGAUUUCAAACAAGAGAUAGAUUAUAAUAAUUUGGAUAAUGAACGUUCAUACGAAGAGCAAGAAGAAACAAUCGACUUGAAUAACAGUAAUGGUGAUGAGGAUGCAAUGUUAUUAAGCUCCAGAUACUCGAUAUCACUUAAAAAUCCGGAAUACAAUGAGAACGAUGAAUUAGACCAAUCCCAGCACUUUUAUCAUUGUACAACGACAAGAGGAAAUCGAAUUGGCUUGGAUUAUACGGGUGAAGAUUUAGAGCUACGUUUACAACACGGACAUAUUAUUUCGCUUGAUGAUAAUAAUACAUCAGCGUUAAAUAUUGGCAGUAUCAAUCAUUUACGCGAUCCGACAGUCGAUGAAUAUACAAAUCAAUUUACAACAAAAUAUGUAAAUAGUGAUUCAAACAGAAUAUCAAACGAGACGAAUAAACGUAAAACGCUAAUGAUGCCUGUUUUGAAUAUGUCGCGGGCAUAUUUGGUUGAAAAACAACAGUUGAAAAAAAAAGACUUUUCACUGCCAAGGCAAAUGUCACAAUUGGACAAUGAAAGACGGUUCGCUCAUAAAGCAACUAAUGGCAAUAGAAUAAAGUCAUCAGCCCGGUCAGAAAAUCAUGAACAAGUACACAGACAAUCACAAUCGAAUGGAAAUUUUUAUUUUGGUAGAAAGCCAACAACGAUAAAUAUUGAUUCGUCAUUCACCGAUGAUACAUACUCAGAAAUAGACACAUUGACGCGUAAUAUCAAUCGCAGCAGUAUUAAUAGUCAAAAUAGACCAAUUAGAGGGCGAAAACUAUCCUAUGAAGAAGAUUAA